AUGUUUUCGUCGGAAAAUCAAGAGAAGUCGCCAGUCAGCAGGGUUUAUCCAGAUCAGCCCUCUAGUGACACCUCAAGAACGUAUGAGGCUCACGCCAGCGCAUCCAUGGAGGGACACCGAUGGAGCGUGUCCGAUAUGGGCCGCGCUUCAGAUGUCGCCACCCCAAAAGACAGUGGUACUGAACGUGGCUCACCCACUACGUGUCCUGCAGACGUUACUGUUCGUGGAGAAUGGAAUGAGAUUAGAGAUGAUGGGAACAGCACUCUCCCAUACCAAAUUGGCGACAAUGCAGGCUGGGGACCCCCAUCUAGCGCGACCACACUCCCCAACUCGUUUAUGUCCGCAAACCACUCGACCGGGAACCCUACGGCAGAUCCAUGGCACUUGAUGCCGUGGGCUAGUGAGCCAUACUCGUGGGAGACAUUGCCCGCAUCUUUCUGGGGUUGGACCUGGUCUCAAUCCGAAUAUCUGACCGGCUCCGAGACCGACGGUUUCUCACAUCCGUCUAUUCCUGCACCGCAGGCGGCAGGGUGGUCCUUUGGAGGCGAGGCUGAACAGCCUCAGUAUCCGACUAGAAGCGGGAUCACGCACUUCUGGGGAGACGGCUCCCAAGUGCUCUAUAAUCCAAGUCUCUCCUUUGAUCCACCGGAGCCUUUUCCCUCGUCUGAUGCACUCGGGCUCUCUUCUAUCCUAAAACUGCGCCACCGAGCUUCCCAAGAUUUUCUCGCUUGCAGCAUGUUGAGGACGGCAGCUUGGCGCUCCCGGCUGAGUCUCCAAUGCUACCGCGUCCCUGGGAUCCACUGGCGCCUGUUUCCGCAGCAAUGGUGCCAACAGACAGGAGUCAUCGUGUCAUGUCACGGCGCCGGAAGGCCAGGUCGAGCAUCGUCACUCGACCUCGGUAUCCGGCUUCAAUGCUCACAAGAAACGGGAACCGUUUGCGUAGUAGGAACGCAGAAAUGUGCUUGUCUAUAUGUUUUUGAAUUAUGA